AUGUCAGAAGUGGUAAGUCCAGCCAUUUCAGGACAAUGGACACAAUUCUGGAGCACAUCGUAUGGAUCGGCUUCUGUGCAGCCCAUGAGACGUUCUGCUCAUAGUACCAUCGUCUUUGAAGAUAAUUUGUAUGUUUUUGGAGGUAUUAGUACCAAUGCAGCUAAUGAAGAUAUCGAACAUAACGAUACGUGGGUGUUCGACCUUGUCAAUAGACAAUGGGCCGAGGUUCUAGUUGGAGAAAAUCGACCUACGAGUCGUUUUCACCAUGCUGGACUUUUGCAUACAAACUCUGCUAUGAUGCCACGAUUAGGAGUAGCGUUCCAGCAGUGCAGUAUAAUGAUGUCUGGCGGUUGCGAUUGA